AUGACGUGUUCUGUCAGCUGUUAUGUGCAUGUUGGAUCAUUCUUUGAGAGUGCACCAGAUACUGAUGCUCACGGUAAACCAUGGCAGCAACCCAGGCCAGCCGAUGAUAAGGUUGCCAUUUUAACCGAUGAUGAAGAAGAACAGAAGAGAAAGUAUGUGCUUGCUGAUCCUUUCAAUGGCAUUUCCAAGGAUCAAGACUUGCCACCCCAUAAUGAAUCCCCGUCCACGGAGGCAACCACUGUCCCAGAUGAAGAGCUAGAUUGGUUAGAAAGGCACUGCGUCAAAAUAAACAACGAUCUUCUGAUCUCGAAGGUUUUUUAUUUUUUCUUCUACUCUGCAUACGGCUCUCUCUACCCCUUGCUGCCUGUGUAUUACAAGCAGCUGGGCAUGUCACCCAGUCAGAGUGGACUUCUGGUGGGCAUCAGGUAUUUUAUUGAGUUCUGCAGCGCUCCCUUCUGGGGGGUGGUGGCAGAUCGCUUCAAGAAAGGGAAGAUUGUCCUCCUCUUUUCGCUUUUAUGCUGGGUUUUAUUUAACCUGGGGAUUGGAUUUGUUAGACCAGCCACCUUAAGAUGCGUACCAAAGGGCCCUCCCCCAGCACAUCCCACCAACGCAAGCAGCCUUUUAACAACAGCUCCGCAAAACGUCUUGAUGUCUUCUCUGCUAACUCUGGCGAGUACUGCAUCCCCAAAAGCUCGUAGGAGGAGAGACCUGCUCGUUUCCAGUCCGGUCACUUUGGAAACAACAGGGACAGCUAAUCCUGAAACAACAUUUCUGUUACCUACACAGAGCAACGGUACGGAGUUUGUCUUGGAAAACAGCACUACUCUUUUUACUUUGAAAAACACCACCACUAGCCCAGUGUCACCAGGGAACGUGACUCCAACUACCACCCCAGCUGCCAUCACCACAAAGCCUACGCGUUCUGACCAAGCUGUGCUCGUUUAUGAUCAACAAGAAGUAGAAGCCAUCUUUCUACUCAUUCUGCUAGUCGUCAUAAUAGGAGAAUUUUUCAGUGCUUCCUCUGUUACUAUUGUGGACACCAUAACUCUGCAGUACCUCGGCAAACACAGGGACCGGUAUGGAUUGCAGCGUAUGUGGGGCUCUCUGGGCUGGGGGCUGGCCAUGCUCUCCGUGGGAAUUGGCAUUGACUAUACCCAUACAGAAGUUAGCAUUGAAGGUCAAGGAUGCAAAGCUCCCGAGUACAAGAACUACAGGAUAGUUUUCAUCGUUUUUGGUGUUCUGAUGACAGUGGCAUUAAUCGUGGCCACCCAGUUUCGAUUUCGUUAUGCACACUUCAAGCAAGACGAAAACAAGAGAAAAGAUGUAGCAAUCCCACAGGUGAACAGAAGUGCCUCCAAUGAAUCCUCUGAUAACACUCCUACCAGUAUGAGCCAGUCGCAGUCUUUCAGGUUUUGGGACCUAAUAAAACUGCUGUGUAGUAUCCAAUACAGCUCAGUGCUCUUUGUGGCAUGGUUCAUGGGCUUUGGAUAUGGCUUUGUGUUCACCUUUCUUUACUGGCACUUGGAAGACUUGAAUGGCACCACCACUCUCUUUGGAGUUUGCUCUGUGCUCAGUCACGUGUCUGAGCUGACUGCCUACUUCUUCAGCCACAAAUUGAUUGAAUUGGUUGGUCAUAUCAGAGUGCUUUAUAUUGGUCUUGCCUGUAAUACAGCUCGAUACAUUUACAUCUCCUAUCUGGAAAAUGCCUGGACUGUUCUUCCGAUGGAAGUUCUUCAAG